CACGUGACGUAUAAUCUAGUGGACGGGACACCUCUUCGACAACGACAGCUAAUCAGUCACUUAGAUAGCUUGCUAGCCAACAAAGACGAAAAUAUUUGAGCUAUUUAGACGUUUUCGGUGUAUAUUAAUUGCUGUGUUUUAAACACACGUCUGUCGUAUCUACUAGUUACCCAUCCCAGCUUCAUAUUUACGUUGUCGGGUAGCUAACUGGUUAAAUUAGCAUUAGGCUAGUAGCUUAUGCUAACUAUCUAAAUUGGCUUUCUUAAUAACAUUCCGGACCAUGAGCUCACUAAACUACUCUCCCCCUGCAAAAGAAGAGGACGUCUGCUGGACUGAGAAACAGGGUCUGUGGCUUAAUAUUGUCGUGAAAGAAGAGGAGGAAGAGAAGGAUGUCACAGUGAAAGGCGAUGAAGAAGCUUCCAGAGUGAAAGCUGAGGAUCAUGAAGAGAUUACUGUCACAACGAAAGAGGAGGACGAGGAAGAAGAGUAUGAGACGGGAGAUCUGAUUAACACCAAGAGACCAGACUCAGCAGAGGAUCCAGAACCAGAGCCAGAGUCUUCCGAACCAGCAAGGCGACAUCACUGUUCCUACUGUGGAAAGAGCUUUAACCAGUUAGGGGACCUAAAGAAACAUGAGAGGAUACAUACAGGAGAGAAGCCUCACAAAUGCUCCCAGUGUGGACAGUGUUUUACCUGGUUACAGAAUCUAAAACAACAUCAAAUAAUACACACAGGCGAGAAGCCUUACCAAUGCUCUCAGUGUGAAAAGGCUUUUACCCGGUUAGCACAUCUGAAAGAACAUAAAAUUGUACACACGGGAGAAAAACCUUUCCACUGCUCUCAGUGUGAAAAGCGAUUUACCAAGUUAGGGAUCCUAAAACAGCAUGAGAAAACGCACACAGAAGAAAAGCCCUACCAUUGCUCCCAGUGUGGAAAAAGAUUUUCCUUAGCAAAGUACCUGAAAGAGCAUGAAAAAAUACAUACAGGAGAAAAACCUGGAGAGAAGCUUUUCCUCUGCUCCCUGUGCGGAAAGAGUUUUACCCAGUCAACCCACCUGAAAUCCCACACAAGAACGCACACGGGGGAGAAGCCUUAUCAAUGCUCCGUUUGUGGAAAGAGUUUUUCUCAAUCAAGUUGUCUGAAAAAACAUAAGAGAAUACACACCGGAGAGAAGCCUUACCACUGCUCCCUGUGCGGAAAGAAUUUUACCCGGUUAGAUUACCUGAAAUCACAUAACAGAACACACACAGUAGAGAUGCCUUUAAACACAGGAGAGAAGUCAUCAUUGUAAAUAAGAUUUUUUUUUUCUUAAUUAACUUGCCUGGUAAAAAAA